UAUGACUGAAGAAUCAACCAGCAGAACUAAGUGGACUGAACUAAAGAACAAAAUUCUUCUGUAUGUAGAUUAUACCCUCAUUACAAAUGCUCAGUUCAUGAUCUACUCGAUGUUUGGGGUGUUUGCUGCUCUGGGUUUCUUUGCCCCAGCUCUGUUCCUGGUUCCCUACGCCCGCAGUAAAGGGAUCGAGGAGUACCAGGCAGCUGCUCUUAUGUCCAUCUCUGCAGUGCUGGACCUCUUUGGAAGAGUGUUUUUUGGCUGGGUGGCAAACCUGAGACUGAUAGAGACGGUGCAGCAGCUGACGGCUACAGUGAUUCUGCUGGGUACGGUGUUACUGCUAUGCCCGUUGGCUACCUCGUUUUCAGAGCUGGUUGCUUUUAGUGCAGUUUACGGGCUGGUGUAUGGUGCAACGGUUGCCAUUCACAUCACUGUGCUGGCUGAGGUUGUGGGCAUCCAGAGGCUCGGCAGUGCACUGGGGUUCUUCAUGCUUAUACGCAGCAGCGGAGGCCUGCUUGGACCACCUAUUGCUGGAUUCUUCAUUGACAAGAUGAGUGAUUAUGGGACAGGUUUCCUCAUGGCAGGGGUGUCUCUCAUUGUCUCUGCCUUGUUCCUGCUCCUCUUCCACAUAAUGAACCGAAGAGGUCAGGGCACAGCUAACAAGAGCCAGAAACAACACAAGGACAACAAAGUACAAAGUCUAGGAGGGGAAGAAAAAGAGGAGCAGGAUAUGACAUGACAGACGAUUUUCUGCAGUUGGUGAGUUUAAAAUGGUGACUGAGCCAAAGAUUGCCAUCAAAGAAGGAAAAAGAAGAAAGCAAGGAUUUGGCAAGUUAAACGUCAAAAACUGUCACCCUGCCAUGUGUUUCUUUUACGUACACAAACGUCACACAAAAUUACACUGGAAAUAAAGAAAUUGUCAUUUUGUCAUUUUGAUAUAAACACUUUUCAACCACCUGUUUACUUUUCACAAAGCACAAUUUUACGAUCUGUCUCGUUUUUAUUAUUUUCAGUGUUAGCAGUGUCAGUUCUGCAGUCAGUGGAUAGGAACAAAUGUAUUCGGGUUUUUAAAGAUGCAUUUGAGAUGAAUUUCAAGGAAGAGCAAGCAGACACACAUGAAAGGGCUAACCGUUUUUAACUGAAUGUUCAAUGCUUUUUGUACCAAUAGACUGACAAGCAUUUUGUACGCUCCCCGGAGCACUGGAAGAAAACACUGCACUGACUCGUCUGCACAAAGCUGUAGUGAUGAUAAGAUUUGACCUGACCGUUCACGAGCUCAUUCCCAUAUGUUAAUAAAUACAACUUUGUUACUGAA